AUGUGGAUGGUUGGUUACAAUGAAGGUAAUGACUUCAACAUGCCUGAUUAUCCUUUCAAUGGAAGAAAACUCAGACCUCUCAUUCCAAAACCACUCACUACUACUAACUCUUCUUCUUCUUCUCCUAACAACAACGUUUCAACCAAUAAUACUCGCAUUCAUGCCACCAAUGAUUUCUUCUCACAAUAUCACAACCUUCACCAAGUUGGAGAUCAAAGCAAGAGAUCGGAGUUGAACAAUCCGGCUGCGGUUGUGGUGAGUUCGAGAUGGAAUCCAACACCGGAACAGCUAAGAGCACUUGAAGAAUUAUAUAGAAGAGGAACACGAACACCGUCGGCCGAACAAAUCCAACAAAUCACUGCACAGCUAAGAAGAUUUGGAAAAAUUGAAGGAAAGAAUGUCUUCUAUUGGUUUCAGAAUCACAAAGCAAGAGAAAGACAGAAGCGACGCCGUCAAAUGGAAUCAGCUGCUGAGUUUGAUGCUUCUCUUGAAAAGAAAGACCUAGGCGCAAGUAGGACAGUGUUUGAAGUUGAACACACCAAAAACUGGCUACCAUCCACAAACUCCAGUACCAGUACUCUUCCUCUUGCAGAGGAAUCUGUUUCAAUUCAAAGGGUAGCAGCAAAAGCAGAUCAGUACUCUAGAGCAGAUGGAUGGGUCCAAUUCGAUGAAGCAGAAAGAAAAAACUUUAUGGAAAGGAAUGCCACGUGGCAUAUGAUGCAGUUAACUUGUCCUACCUUCAUAAACACUACACAAUACCCUAAUAAUUCUAAUUACAUCUCUUCUACAGCCACAGCUAGCAUGGCCACCACCACUUCAACCACAGUAACAACUAGACUAAUGGACCCAAAACUCAUCAACAGGACACAUGAUUUAAGCUUAUUCAUUUCACCUUUCCACUUAACCACUAGUAGUAGUAGUAGUAGAGUCAACAAUAGUACUCACACUCAGCAUGAAGAAUCUGAUCAAACACUUCAACUUUUCCCAAUAAGGAAUGAAGGAGAUAAUGGAUGUAGUGAUGAUGUUGAUCAUAGCGUUAUUAACCAACACAAAGAGACAGAGAUAUCAUCUUCAGCAAUGAAUGCACCAAACCAGUUUAUCGAGUUUCUACCAUUGAAGAACUGA